UUUCGAUUAAUUAGAGGAAUCGAUCUUACUAUAGAAUAUUUAUGGUGUUUAUGCUACACAUGAUAGUAUACUAAAAAAAAUCAAUCGAUAAGAAAACCGUUGAGGCGUAAUAAUCUUUGGAUAUUCAUCAGAACGGUGAAAUUAAAGUUAUACAUUCUUUACUAUGGCUAAAGAUGAACCUCGACGUCGUACGAUAAUGUUGGUUGGUGAUACAGAAUCUUUUACACCUUAUGGAUUGGAUGACGAUGAUUUAUUAAAAAUUUCUAGCGCAACAAAAACUGUCAAUAAAUUCGCAAAUCGACAAAAUGGAGUUAAAAUCUAUGCAUCACCAAUGACGUCUAUCAACACUUUAGGUGAUUUAGGCUACCAUGUUAUUUCGACAACUUAUAUGAGCAAAUCAGAUAAAUUGGUCUGGAUGUUAGAAAGAAACAAAAAAGAAUGGGAAAGACCUGAAAUUGAACCACCAUUCAAUAACGACGCACUACAGCACUCAUUGGAUGCUUCAUACCUAUUUUAAAAAUAAUGUACAAUCUAAAAUUAAAGCAUUGAUUUCAAUCAAUAUUUAAUACAACCGAUGUACAUCA